AUGGCCGUGCCGCUGGGGCUGCUGCUGGUCCUGCUGGGCUGCACCGUGGCGCCGGAUCCUGCCCUGGAGGAGGCCUGGGAAGGGUGGAAGAGCCUCCACGCCAAGGAAUACCAUCGGGAGGCCGAGGCUGCCCGCAGGGACGUCUGGGAGAAGAACCUGCGGCGCAUCCAGCAGCACAACCGGGAGGAGUCGCAGGGGCAGCAUGCCUUCCGCCUGGCCAUGAACCACUACGGGGACCUGACGGAUGAGGAGUUUAACUGGCUCCUGAACGGCUUCACCCUGGCACAGCGCGAGGAACCGGCGCCACUCUUCCAGGUGUCAAUGGCCCUGAAGACCCCGGCAGAGGUGGACUGGCGGGCGAAGGGCUACGUGACGCCUGUGAAGAACCAGGGGCACUGCGGGUCGUGCUGGGCGUUCAGUGCCACGGGGGCCUUGGAGGGGCUCAUCUUCAACCGGACGGGGAAGCUGACGGUGCUGAGCGAGCAGAACCUCAUUGACUGCUCCCGAAAGCUGGGCAACAACGGCUGCCACGGCGGCUACAUGACCCACGCCUUCCAGUACGUGCACGACAACGGUGGCUUGAACUCGGAGCAUGUCUACCCCUACACGGCCACGGACAACUCCAGCUGCCAAUACAACCCCCAGGACAGGGCAGCCAACUGCUCUGCCAUCUGGCUGGUGGCCCCGGGCAGUGAAGCGGCGCUGGAGCAGGCAGUGGCAGCCGUGGGCCCUGUGUCUGUGGCAGUGGAUGCCAGCAGCUUCCACUUUCACUUCUACAAGUCGGGCGUCUUCAGCAGCAUAUUCUGCAGCCAGCGGGUGAACCACGGGAUGCUGGCCGUGGGCUACGGCACGAGCCAGGAGCACGGGCGCAACGUGAGCUACUGGAUCUUAAAGAACAGCUGGUCGGAGGUGUGGGGCGAGCAGGGCUACAUCCGCCUGCUGAAGGGUGCCGACAACCAGUGCGGGGUGGCCAACCAGGCCAGCUUCCCCGUGCUGUGA